UAGUAGCGAAGUGGAUACCUUCUUACACGCUCCACUGUCCACUUUUCGCUUCGCUUCUUUCUAUCCGUUAAUGGCGCCCAGUGUUUGCCACCUCUCGACCUUCUUCACACGGCCACCGAAAUCCCGAAGGAUUGGUUAUUUAUCCACGGCAGAGCCAUAUCUUCACGGCGAACUUCAUCUUUUUCGGCUGAGAGCUUAUCGGCUAGGAUUAUUCACUGUCCGGCGCCCUUACGGCUUUUUCUGUCGAACCUCCGCCGGAACUGAGUCGAAGGGCGCAUUUGGCGCUGAAAUCGCUGUUUCCGAUGCCGGUUUCGAUCGACUAAAGAAGGUUCCUAUAUCAAAUAUCAGAAAUUUUUGUAUUAUUGCUCAUAUAGAUCAUGGGAAGUCAACUUUAGCAGAUAAAUUGUUACAAUUAACUGGUACCGUCCAGAAGAGGGAGAUGAAAGAACAAUUUUUAGAUAACAUGGAUUUGGAGAGAGAAAGAGGAAUCACUAUUAAAUUGCAGGCAGCACGAAUGCGUUUUUUAUUGGAAAAUGAAGCAUACUGCUUGAAUCUUAUUGAUACACCUGGCCACGUUGACUUCUCAUAUGAGGUUUCACGAUCUCUUGCAGCUUGUGAAGGAGCCCUUCUAGUUGUAGAUGCUUCUCAGGGUGUGGAGGCUCAGACAUUAGCUAAUGUUUAUCUCGCUCUAGAAAGCAACCUAGAAAUAAUACCUGUGUUAAAUAAGAUUGAUCUACCUAGUGCUGACCCAAAUCGUGCUGCCAAAGAGAUUGAAGAGAUUAUUGGGUUAAAUUGCAGUAAUGUGAUACAUUGUUCAGCUAAGGAGGGAAUUGGUAUAGCAGAAAUUUUACACGCUAUUGUCACAAGAAUUCCUCCUCCAAAGGACACUGCAGCAAGUCCCCUCAGAGCUCUAAUAUUUGAUAGCUACUAUGAUCCAUACAGAGGUGUCGUCGUCUAUUUUCGGGUUGUUGAUGGGACUAUAAAGAAAGGUGAUAAAAUAUAUUUCAUGGCUAGUGGUAAGCAGGAUUAUUUUACUGAUGAAAUUGGCGUUUUAUCACCCAAUCAGUUGCAAGUUGAUGAACUUUAUGCCGGUGAGGUGGGUUAUCUGUCAGCUUCAAUAAGGUCUGUUGCAGAUGCGAGGGUGGGCGACACAAUUACUCAUUUUGCAAGAAAAGCGGAGACCUCUCUGCCAGGAUAUGAGGAGGCUACACCGAUGGUGUUUUGUGGUCUUUUUCCUGUUGAUGCUGACCAAUUUCCUGAGCUGCGUGAUGCGUUGGAAAAACUUCAACUUAAUGAUGCAGCACUACGGUUUGAACCUGAAACUUCAAGUGCCAUGGGCUUUGGUUUUCGGUGUGGCUUCUUAGGUCUUCUUCAUAUGGAGAUUGUUCAGGAAAGGCUUGAGAGGGAAUAUCGCUUGACCUUAAUAACAACAGCACCUAGUGUGGUUUACCGUGUCAACUGUGUGAAUGGUGAUACUAUUGAAUGCUCAAACCCAUCUUUACUUCCAGAGCCAGGAAAGAGAACAUCAAUUGAAGAGCCAAUUGUGAAGAUUGAAAUGAUUACGCCUAAAGAUUACAUUGGCCCUCUCAUGGAGCUUGGUCAGGAAAGAAGAGGUGUUUUCAAAGAAAUGAACUACAUAACCGAGGGAAGAGCAUCUAUUGUUUACGAGUUACCAUUAGCAGAGAUGGUUGGUGACUUCUUUGACCAGCUGAAGUCUAGAAGCAAGGGAUAUGCUAGUAUGGAAUACUCUUUUGUCGGGUAUAUGGAAAGUGAUUUGGUAAAGCUAGAUAUUCGGAUCAAUGGUGAACCUGUUGAGCCAUUAGCUACAAUUGUUCACAAAGAUAAGGCAUAUGCUGUAGGCAGAGCUUUGACUUUGAAACUUAAGGAACUUAUUCCGAGGCAAUUGUUCAAAGUUCCUAUUCAAGCAUGUAUUGGUACGAGGGUGGUUGCUAGUGAGACUCUAUCAGCAAUAAGGAAGGAUGUCCUAUCAAAGUGCUACGGGGGAGACAUUACUAGGAAAAAGAAGCUGCUUAAGAAGCAGGCCGAGGGGAAGAAGAGAAUGAAAGCAAUUGGCAAGGUUGAAGUGCCCCAGGAGGCCUUCAUGGCUGUUUUAAAUCUUGAGAAGGAGGUUCUAUGAUGCUCAUGUUUUUUAAAUGCAUGGUAUUAUUUUUCAAAUUUCCACUCAAAUAUCAAAGUUCAUGUUGUAGUUUGAUUGUGGUACACAUAAAUAUAUCGAUUCGGUGGUUCAAAAAGACACCUGGGCGGUUGAUUUGUACAUGUUUAUGUUUCGGGUUGGCUGUAUGCAAUUAUUCCUAAUUUUCUUUGUCUUUAAAAUAUGUAAUGUCCAAACCUUAACGUUUAU